CACAUAUUCUCUCGCUGUAUUCCGAUGUAGUACUGAAUGUCCGCAACAGUAGUUUGUCAAUGAACUUCAAUCCAACAAUCCGCAAACGGAAACCAUGGCAACCCGAAUAAUGGACUAAACGCCUAUUUUAUGAUAAGGAUCUCACUACAUGACCUUUAUGUUUGCAUAGCCAUCACUCUUCCUUUAUAAACACCUGGAAAUAGGUUUUGUUCCUAAAUUGAGAGGAGCUGGCGCUGGCAAUGACAGUGUGGAUGGUGCCGACCAGCACUCAAAGACGAUGUCGUUAUUGCCGCUCACUGUCAGGAUCCUUGCUGUUGUUAUUGGCUCCGUGUGUCGGAAUUCACUGGCUCAGUCAUCGGCGUAUUAUCAGCUGGACGACGAACUCUUUAGCCACUAUAAACCUCACAUCAGGCCUGUUCUUCACUCGAACACAACGACCAACGUUACGAUGUAUGUUAAUGUUGUGGCUGUCAAUGAGGUUGACGAGGGCACACAAGUUCUGAUCCACACGUCAGUCUUCGAUCUACGCUGGCGAGACGAGUUCUUGACCUGGGACCCGGCGCAAUAUGGCGGCGUGGACAAGAUGGAGUUGCCUGCCGAUCGUGUAUGGCUUCCGCCCUGCUUUGUUCAGUGCUUGACGGUCGUGAACUCGGUCUGCGAAAAGCGAGCCGUUCGUGAGGAUGAUUUUUCCCUCGUGGUCGUGCACUCGACCGGUGAUGUCAGAUGGCUGGUUCAGGGUGUGUGGCAAACAACCUGCAGACUAGACAUCACCUACUACCCGUUCGAUCGACAGGUGUGCGACUUUCACCUGGAGAUGUGGACAUCGCCAGAAACGGAAGUAAAAGUGACCUCAACAGACAUCCAGAUGUCAUUGGGAUUCUUGUCCAACUCCGAGUGGUCGCUGGAUGGCCUGGACAUGUCUUUGACAGCACACUCACUCGAUGUCAGCACGAUGGAAGAGUUUUCAUCCUGCACGUUUCGCUUUCAUGUCCGGAGAUUUCGUCUCUUCCACUUGCUAACCUUUCUGAGCCCUAACGUCGUGCUGGCGUUGCUGGUGCCGCUGGUGUUCGCGCUGCCGGUGGAGACGGGGGAGAAGAUGUCGUUCACGAUGACACUGCUGCUGGCCUUCGCUGUCAACCUCUCCGUCAUGAUGAACUCCUUGCCACACUCCUCGCUGCAACAUCCGUUGUCGUUGUGUACUUCGGGUGCUUGAGCAUAGUCACAGCUCUGUCUGUAAUGGCAUCUGUGCUGCUGCUGCAGCUGUACAACCGCAGUUCUGACCAUGCUGUGGGUCCCCGGGUCAAAGCCGUGACCCUCAUCCUGCGAAGAUACAUCGGCUUCUCGU